CUCAGUGUUCACUAUUCAAGACUGAACAUGUAUGAAUCCAGCUACAUCAUGCUGCAAAGGGAAGAAAGUUACUGACGCAUUAAAAUUUCUUAACAAUAUAGAGUUAAACGAACAACUCAAUAUUUUUGAAAAUGACUUGCUACACAUAAUAUAUUCAGAAUCACCCCGCAAAGAGUUACAUUUGGUAUACUUGAAAGGAGCUAUGCAUUGCUAUAAAAAUGAAUGGUAUGUCAAAGGAGUGGAAAUUUGUCAAAUUGCUUGCACUGUAUUACGCACGCCAAUGAUACUCACGUUAUUAGCAAAAUGUUUAAUACAGAUUGGUGAAUUGGAAACCGCCGAGAGCGCACUGAACGAAGCAAACGUUAUGGACAUAAGGAAUGAGGAAGUGUGGGCAUACCUGACUGUGGUAAACAUCAAAAUGGGAAACGCCAGCGAAGCGAAAGUGUGUUACAUACGAGCACUUGAGUGUGGAUUACAAACAGAAAUGAAAAACGAAAUAAAUACAUUAUUUGGAAAGGAGUUGGAUAUACUCAUAUAAUUAAAAGAACAAACUAACAUAUAUUUUAUUUAUAAUAAAUUAUUUACUUUAUUGCUGACAAUUUGGAAUCUAUUUGAAUUAUUUAUUAUUUUAGUUAAUAUUGUCAUCAAAUUUAAAUUGAUAUAUUUAUUUCAGUCAAUAAAGUAAGUAAUGUCACUAUUUCUAUUUUUAUAUGAAUAUAUAAUUUUUUCUAAAAAUUUUAAAAUUGCAUAACAUUUAUAUUUCUUUUUUUCAAGCAUAUAUAGUAUUAUA